AUGGCGUGUCCCUUGGAGCAGGCGCUGGCUGUGAUUGUCUCUGUCUUCCACAAGUACUCGGGGAGGAAACAAAUGGACGAGGCAGAGCUCAGGAGGCUGAUGAACGACCUGGACCACAACAAGGACAGCGAGGUGGACUUUAAGGAGUACGUCUGCUUCCUGGCCUGCAUCACCAUGGGCUUCAACGAGUUCUUCAAGGACGACCCCAGCAAGCAGCAGCGCAGGAAGUGA